CAAUCGUCCCAAUUUUGUUUCAUCAAAAAAUUAAAACAAUCUCGAAAGAAAGAAAGAAAGUAGUAUUUAUCAGAAUUGAAUGGCAGCCAUGGCGUCUCUACAUACAAUAAUGUUCACUAACUCAGGCAAGAAACCGGCAUCGCUGCCAUGCUCAAAAUUCCUGGGCACUCCGAGGAACGUGGUUACUCCGAGCCCCAAGAUCGCCAAGACGGCGAGGCCAUUCACGGUGGUCGCCGCCGUCGGAGAUGUAUCGGAUGCCGGGACCACCUACCUGAUUGCCGGUGCCGCCGCCGUGGCGUUGGUCGGGACUGCUUUCCCUAUCUUCUUCUCCCGCAAGGACACGUGCCCGGAAUGUGACGGGGCGGGUUUCGUGAGGCAAGCAGGGGCGACAUUGAGGGCCAAUGCUGCUAGGAAAGACCAGACUCAAAUUGUAUGCGCUCGCUGCAAUGGUCUUGGCAAGCUCAAUCAAAUUGACAAAUAGACCUAAUACAUAUUCUCCACGCAAAUUUUUCUUCAGAUCAUGAAUAAAAGGUAUAUUUUUAAUAUAGUAAACGUACAUUAUUUAUGUAUUGAAUGCACAUUAUUUGAUAAUAUACAAAAUAUUAUAUUUUCAGUACUCAAAUAAUGUAUUUUUAAUAUAUAAAUAAUGUGCCGUUAGUAUAUUAAAAAUGUACCUUUUAUUUAUGAAUUAUGAUUCACACAGUUGUGUGGACCAUUACACUUACGUACUGUUUCAUCUGUAACUUUAAUGUAUUCUGAUGAUCAAAACCUUUGGUCAAGUGUAUAUUGUAAUAUUAAUAAAGAGGGAACUUUUAUGGUGAUAUGUUGUACUAUGCCAUGUUCUUCAAAAAGGAAGAAUAAUUGUGUUUGAAAA